UGGCCGGUGCUGCAAUUCAUGCGCUCUCCGCGCCUCGCUUUUCUCAGUCCUCGAUGCUGGCAGCCUUCGAUCUUCCACUUUGAAUGUUGAAUAUCCUGUGCGUACUUGUCGAAAACAAACCCAUCAUCGGAUGCCCUCUCCUCUUCAGGUUUCGAUCCAUCUUGCUCCAUCAUCUCUCGAUCUUCUCCCGCAGUGGCAUUGCAGCGGAGCUCGCCCUCCGCGUUCAUGAGCGGUGAUGAUUCUGCACCGUCUUUUGAACUCGAAAUCUUGAGCAGGUCGCGACACGGGAAAGGCAGAAAAAAGAGGAGUGCUUGUCAUCUUUCGCUUCUCACUCAUCGCUCGCUUGCCCACCGCCUCUCCCCCUCCUUUUCCUCCGGCCUCUCUGCUCCUGCAAUUCUGUGUCGCCACCGUGUCCUGUUCCCUCUUUAGUCUUCUUGUUCCGGUUGUAUGUGAGUCGAGAGAGGCCCCUCCUCCUCCGUUGUUUCGAUAUUGCAGGACAGGGUGCUUCCGGGUUUUGGGGGGAUAGAUAACAAUGGCGAAGCUGGUGGUGGAAGUUCUCGACGCGAGUGAUCUCGGGCCCCCAAAAGAUAAGAAUGGCUCGGCCAGUACGUACGUGGAAGUAGAAUUCGAUGAGCAGCUUCAGAGGACUCAGACCAAGCCGAGUGACUUUAACCCACAGUGGAAUGAGAAGCUCCUCUUCAACGUGACCACCCCCGCGCAGUUCCCCAACGCCACCAUUGAGGUCGUGGUGUACAAUGACAAGACAGGCGGCGGCGGCGGCGGCCACCACAAGCACUUCCUAGGCCGGGUCAGGAUCUCCGGGGGCUCCGUCGCCUGGUCCGAGUCGCAGGCGAUGGUCCAGAGGUACCCGCUCGACAAGCCGGGGCUCUUUUCGCACACCAGGGGCGACUUGGCACUCAGGAUCUAUGCGAUUCAGGGCUUUUCUGAGCCGUUCGUGGCGAAUGGCGCGGCUUGCGAAGAUGCAGGGAGUCCCCUGCAGGAGGUGAACACCAACAAUCUCGAGGGUGAUCAGGAUUCGGGGGACAAGCAGAAGAAGAAGAAGAAGAAGAAGAAGAAGAAGCAGGAGGAGAAAGAAUUGAGGACAUUUUAUUCCGUUGGGAAUGCUGCUACUGCUACAGAGGGUCCGGCAAACCCUCCUCCUAUGGCCCCAGGAUAUGCAUUUCAGGCACCACCCAACGUGCAGAUGAGGGCUGAUUUUGCCAAAGCAUCAGCACCUCCAGCAAAUGUGAUGCACAUGCAGGUGCCGAGGCAGAAGCCGGAGUUCGGGCUGGUGGAGACCCCGCGUCCUCCGGUCGGAGCCUGGACGCGAUUCAGAGGAGGGGAUAAGAUGGCGAGUACUUACGACCUGGUAGAGGAGAUGCAUUUUCUGUAUGUGAGUGUGGUUAAGGCCAGGGGCCUUCCUGUCAUGGAUGUUACAGGGAGCCUUGACCCGUAUGUGGAGGUGAAGCUAGGGAACUACAAAGGGGUGACCAGGCACUUGGAGAAGAACCAAAACCCAGUGUGGCAUCAGACUUUCGCGUUCUCCAGGGAGCGGAUGCAGUCGAAUUUUCUGGAAAUCACUGUCAAGGACAAGGACUUCGGGAAGGAUGAUUUUGCGGGUAAGGUCGUGUUCGACACCCAUGAAGUGCCUCGUCGAGUGCCGCCCGAUAGCCCGUUGGCGCCUCAGUGGUACAGACUGGAGACCAGGAAAGGAGAGAAGAGCCACGGAGAGAUCAUGCUCGCGGUUUGGAUGGGGACGCAGGCGGAUGAGUCGUUUCCUGAAGCGUGGCACUCCGAUGCCCACAAUGUGAGCCAUGUAAACCUGUCCAACACUAGAUCGAAGGUCUAUUUCUCGCCGAACCUGUACUACCUCCGAGUCAACAUCAUCGCAGCUCAGGACCUCAUCCCCUCCGACAGAGGCCGGGUGCCGGACACGUAUGUGAAGGUGCAGCUCGGGAGUCAGCUCCGCAGCACUAGGCCUUCGCAGAUGAAGACCAACAAUCCGGUCUGGGACGAUGAGCUAAUGUUUGUCGUGUCCGAGCCUUUCGAGGAUUAUAUUAUCAUCUCGGUGGAAGACAGGGUUGGACCUGGAAAGGACGAGAUCUUGGGAAGGCUGAUGAUGCCGGUUAGAAGCGUUCCUCAUAGGGUAGAUGCUGUGAAGCUCCAGGACACUUGGUUCAACCUUCUCGCACCAUCCAGGGCCGACGAGGGCGAGAAGAAGAAGGAAGUAAAGUUUUCGAGCAAGAUUUGUCUCCGGUUUUGCCUGGAAUUGGGGUAUCACGUCCUCGACGAAUCCACACAUUUCAGCAGCAAUCUUCAGCCAUCAUCGAAGCAUCUGAGAAAGCCGUGUGUUGGAUAUCUUGAACUUGGGAUCCGGAGCGCGAAGAAUUUGCACCCCAUGAAGGGAAGGGAUGGUAGGACAACCGAUGCCUAUUGCGUGGCCAAGUACGGGAACAAAUGGGCUAGAACCCGGACGCUCCUCGACACACUGGCUCCGAGGUGGCACGAGAGGUACACAUGGGAAGUGUACGAUCCCUGCACGGUGAUUACCAUCGGCGUCUUCGACAACUGGCACAUCAAUGGAAAGGAUGAAGCGAGAGACCAGAGGAUCGGAAAGGUAAGAAUCCGGCUCUCUACUCUGGAGACAGACCGGAUAUACAUCCAUCGCUAUCCCCUCCUGGUCCUCCAACCCUCCGGCUUACAGAAACGCGGAGAGCUGGAAUUGGCGUUGCGAUUCACCUGCACGGCUUGGUUCAACAUGGUGACUCAGUAUGGCAAGCCAUUGCUUCCGAAAAUGCAUUACGUGCAACCAAUACCUGUUAAGCACAUCGAUCUGCUCCGCCACCAGGCAAUGCGGAUCGUGGCAAUGAGGCUGUCGCGAGCUGAGCCACCUCUUCGGGGGGAGGUCAUCGAAUACAUGCUGGAUGUGGACUACCACAUGUUCAGCCUAAGGAGGAGCAAGGCCAAUUUUUGCCGCAUAAUGUCGCUCCUUUCCGGGGUAACAGCAAUUUGCCGAUGGUACAGUCAGAUAUGCUACUGGAGCAAUCCGAUCACUACCUGUCUUGUCCACGUGCUUUUCACGAUUCUGGUUUGCUACCCGGAGCUGAUCUUGCCCACGAUUUUCCUUUAUCUUUUCGUGCUCGGGAUAUGGAACUAUCGUUUCAGGCCGAGGCAUCCGCCCUGCAUGGAUCCUCGGCUUUCACAGGCAGAGUUUACUAGUCCAGACGAGCUGGACGAGGAAUUCGAUACUUUUCCAUCAUCGAAACCGACAGAUAUCGUGAGGGCGAGGUAUGAUCGCCUGAGGAGCGUCGCAGGAAGAGUACAGUCAGUGGUAGGAGAUUUAGCGACGCAAGGAGAAAGAGCUCAGGCUUUACUGAGCUGGCGGGAUCCAAGAGCAACGGCUAUAGUAAUCAUUUUCGCGCUGAUCUUGGCAGUCGUCCUAUAUGUUACGCCAUUUCAGGUAGUGGCGAUGCUGGCGGGACUGUAUUCGCUAAGACAUCCCCGUUUCAGGACCAAGAUGCCCUCCGUGCCGGUGAAUUUCUUCAAGAGAUUGCCUGCCAAGUCCGAUAAGCUUCUAUGAAAUCGAGAUUGUUUGUGGUUCACUUUUUCCUCUUAGUCAGUACUUUGUAAAUCGGAAGUGGUCAAGCGAAUAAACCCUGUAUUAACACCGGAUUUCUCCCUUGAAAUGGUAUUUUCGUCUGGUGCA